CAAAUAUUAUAUACUAAUAUCACUCUUCUUCUUCUUCUUCAACACAGAGCCACCUUAUCAUCUCUCUAUCCCCUCCCCCUUCUCUCUGGGUCUUACUAAGAGAGUGUGAUAGAGAGAUGGAAGGUCUAAUUCAACCCAGAGGAAUCCUCUCUCUACCAACCAAACCCACCGGAGCAAGAACUCUCCUUCUCCAACCCUCUUAUGUCUUAAAGCAAAGACUUUCCACCAGAAACCUCCCUCCCUUGUCGUUCUCCUCUAAUGGGCACACCAAAGUUCAAUCCUUUCAAUCAAACCCACACAAGAUUUCCAUUUCCCACAAGGACAGAAACAGAGGAUUCAUCUGCAAGGCGGAGGCCGCCGCCGCCGCCGGAGAAGGAGACUUGACGUUGACGCCUAAGGUUUUCGGUGUGGAGGUCACGACUCUAAAGAAGAUUAUCCCUUUGGGACUAAUGUUCUUUUGCAUUCUGUUCAACUACACAAUCCUCAGAGACACCAAAGAUGUCUUGGUGGUGACGGCUAAAGGAAGCUCUGCUGAGAUUAUACCGUUUCUCAAGACAUGGGUGAAUCUUCCUAUGGCUAUUGGUUUCAUGUUGCUUUACACUAAACUCUCCAAUGUUUUAUCCAAAAAGGCUCUGUUUUAUACUGUUAUUGUGCCGUUCAUUGCCUACUUUGGAGCCUUUGGUUUUGUUAUGUACCCUCUCAGCAACUUGAUUCACCCUGAAGCUCUUGCUGAUAAGCUCCUUGCAACGCUCGGGCCUAGGUUCAUGGGUCCUCUUGCUAUUAUGAGGAUUUGGAGUUUUUGUUUGUUUUAUGUUAUGGCUGAGCUUUGGGGUAGUGUUGUGGUUUCAGUUCUCUUCUGGGGCUUUGCCAAUCAGAUCACAACAGUUGAUGAAGCCAAAAAGUUCUAUCCAUUGUUUGGACUAGGUGCAAAUGUUGCACUUAUAUUCUCAGGAAGGACUGUGAAGUAUUUCUCUAAUAUGAGAAAGAAUCUUGGUCCUGGAGUUGAUGGUUGGGCUGUUUCAUUGAAAGCUAUGAUGAGUAUUGUCGUUGGGAUGGGUCUCGCUAUCUGUUUCCUCUACUGGUGGGUCAACAGAUACGUUCCUCUCCCAACACGUAGCAAGAAGAAGAAGGCCAAACCACAGAUGGGGACAAUGGAGAGUUUGAAGUUCUUGGUGUCAUCACCAUACAUCAGAGAUCUUGCUACUUUAGUUGUCGCUUAUGGUAUCAGUAUCAACCUUGUUGAAGUCACAUGGAAAUCAAAACUUAAAGCUCAGUUCCCUAGCCCCAACGAAUACUCAGCCUUUAUGGGAGACUUCUCAACCUGCACGGGUAUUGCAACAUUCACAAUGAUGCUUCUAAGUCAAUACGUAUUCGACAAGUAUGGAUGGGGAGUAGCUGCAAAGAUCACACCAACCGUUCUGCUCUUAACCGGAGUUGCCUUCUUCUCUUUAAUACUCUUCGGUGGCCCAUUCGCACCACUCGUCGCCAAGCUUGGAAUGACACCGCUACUCGCAGCUGUAUACGUUGGAGCUCUCCAGAACAUCUUCAGCAAAAGCGCCAAGUACAGCUUGUUCGAUCCUUGCAAAGAAAUGGCUUAUAUUCCAUUAGAUGAAGACACCAAGGUUAAAGGCAAAGCUGCGAUAGAUGUUGUCUGCAACCCCUUGGGGAAAUCAGGAGGUGCUUUGAUUCAGCAGUUUAUGAUCCUUACGUUUGGAUCACUCGCGAGUUCCACUCCUUACCUUGGAGUCAUCUUGCUUGGUAUAGUCACUGCUUGGCUAGCUGCGGCUAAGUCUCUGGAGGGACAGUUCAAUACUCUGAUGUCUGAAGAAGAGCUUGAGAAGGAAAUGGAGAGAGCUUCAUCGCUUAAGAUUCCUGUUGUGUCUCAGGAGGAUGCUGGACCGGGAGAAUCUAGUAGCCAAGUACCGGAGAAAUCUGCUCCGACCAGCAUUUAGACAAUUACGAAUAAAAAGGAUAUUGAGAUUUGUUACGUGACAGGUUUAAAGGUUUUGUGGUUGGAACAAAGAUUUUGAUAGUGAGAUGAUGAGUCAAAACCAUUUUUAGACAUAUGCUUGAGUUUGUUUGUUUUCUUUGUGCCAAUAGCAAACUAAAUUGAUAAGUUCAACAAUCUUAUGAAUAAUCUAUGUAUUUUAGACAACAUUUUAAAAAGAAAGCUGUCUUGAUUCUACUCAAGUAAUUACAUGUGUAUUAGGUGAGGUUAUUGGC